AUGAAGAUACCAUACGCCAAUCGUACCGUUGACAUUGAUUUACCGGUGGUGGCUGGUCAGCCACGACUCACAGUUAAGAGUGUUAUGGACGAAUUUCUGGGACAAAUGCCGGAUAAUUUUAGUACACUCUUGGAAGCCUUUGUUCUGCUUUCUCCACGUCGUGUUAGGGUUACUUGUCGUAGUGCCUUGGCGAUGGAGGAAUUCUGCCAUUCUGGCUUAACGUUUCGGGAUGCUCCGAUUGAUGUGCGCCCCUGUAAAUCGGCUAAGUGGGUAAAUAUCACUCGUCUUAGUUAUGGUGUUUCGGCUGAAGUCAUCACUGCCGCCCUUAAGCCUUUUGGGAAAGUUUUACAGGUCAAGAUGGACACGUAUCAUAAUGUCUAUGUGGGUAUUCGUAAUGUUCUUAUGGAAAUUACCCAACCUAUACCAUCUCGUCUGUUAAUUGCCGGUCACUGGUGUAAUGCUUUUUAUGUUGGCCAGGUGCCGACAUGUUUUUCUUGUCACAAGACUGGUCAUGGCAGUAGAGAUUGCCCAGCUAAGCGUGUCAUUAAUCCCCCUAUUCGGGGUAAUAACGUAGCUAAUUUAGCUCCUGCUCUUGUUGUAAACGCAGAUGUUGUUCCGGAGAAUAACAACAUUCCUGUUAAUCCUGCUGUUGAUGUUCCGCCUGCACGUGGCGAGAUUCUGGAUCAGCCUGAUCCAGUACGCGUGCCCUCUCCUCUGCAUCAUGGUGAAACGCACAAUCUUCAGCCCAAUUCUCCUGCUGUUAAUCCCUCGGUUAUUGCUCCUUCCCCUGCUUAUGCAGCGGUCGUGAAGGCCACCAUUGAUGAUGCUUCGCAAGCGGAAGUUGAUGCAUCCUCGGAAGAGGAAGACCCCUUUUAUGAUGCUGGGGAUGCUCCUCCAUCCAACAAACGCGAUCACUCAGAUAGUGAUUCCUCUGCCAAUUCUGGUCAUCAUCAUGACAAACGUGGUAAAGCGAUCAUUGUUGAGACUGUGAAGACCCAGAUUUUUUCUCCAAACAUGUUUGCUGCGCUUCCUGACGAAGCCGCAGACCAUGAUGAUGAUGAUGAGGUUAUUCCUCCUACGCCCAAACAGCAAAACCCUCCUGCCACCAAUCCAUCUGAUGCAACUGGUGAUGAUCUCAUUGUUCCUCCUUCACCUGUUGCCGCCUCUGUGAUCCCCUCCUCAAAAGUUGUUCCUCAGUGGUCGGAUGAGUAUGAUGGUGAUGCAGAUUUUUCUGAUGAUGAUACAAGCUCGGUCACGGACUCGAAAAAGAAUGCCCCCCUGGACCCCGCUUUUGUUGAUGAACCUCAAGAAUCGGUAAUGGAUCAUACACCCCUGGACUCCCCUUUAACUCUGAUUACCCCCAACUUACCUCGUGCUAAUCUCAGUUCGCAAACUUCCUCGUAUGAGUUGGAUCCUCUCACAUUAGCUGUCUCUUCCAAAAAAACGAAACCUGCACCGGUCUGUGGUACCAGUAAAAAAUCCUUGUCAAAAGGUGGUCUUUAA